AUGGAGAAGCACCAAUGCAAGCUCUGCUCCAGGUUCUUCAACAAUGGCAGAGCAUUAGGUGGUCACAUGAAGGCUCACAUGGCCGUGCUUCCUCUCCCUCCAAAGACACACCAGCAACUCGCUCCUGCUGAGUCUACUCACUCUGCCUCGUCCUUCUCUUCAUCUUCUGAAGAUGAACAGCAAAAGGGUAGUCAUCAACCAGAGGAGGAAGAUCAGAAGGGUUUGGCUUAUGGGUUGAGGGAGAAUCCCAAGAAAAGUUUCAGACUUGCAGAUCCUGAGUUCUCUUUUCAGGUUGAUGCUGGCUCUGUUGUUAUUCAAGACAGGGAGAGCGAGACCGAGUCGAGAAACCCAACUAGGAGACGAUCCAAGAGGAAUCGGAAAAUGAGUUUUACAGAAAAUUUGGAGAUGAAGAAACCCAAGUUGACAACUUCAACGGUUGACUCGCCGCCGGCCGAGCCGGAGCCUUUGAGCUCAGUUUCCGACACUUCACCGGAAGAGGACGUUGCCAUGUGCCUCAUGAUGCUCUCGAGGGAUGUGUGGAUGGGAGCAAACUAUGGGGAGGCAGAUCAAGAACAAAAUGGGAAAGAGGUUGUGGUUGCAGUGAAAGAUGAGGAGUUCGAGCAAUUGGAGGAGAUCAAAUUGAAGAAAACGAGAGGUAAGAAUCGCUGCGACAAAUGCAGCAAGCUGUUUCGAUCUCAUCAAGCAAUGUGCGUACACAGGAAGAUUUGUUUUCAAAGCGAAGAAGAGGCUAACAAUGCAGCUAGCAGUGCCAGUCUGUUCAAGUGCCCAUUUUGCAGCAAGAUUUUUGGGUCCGGACAAGCACUUGGGGGUCACAAAAGGUCUCAUCUCUCAGGCACUUCGGGUUACUCGAAGGUUGUCACAAAAGUUAAAGAAGUUCGGGAAAGUUUCAUAGAUCUCAACAUGCCUGCUCCACAAGAAGAAGACGAUUUCAGUGUGGUUUCUGAUGCUUAGAAGUUGCACAAUCUUGUCAGGGUGGAUGUGAUUCAAGUGAAUCAACUUGGGAUCAGGUAAAAAAUUUGAUUGUUUCAUGAGCAAUGUGGUAGAAUUGGGUGGAAAAAAAACUGGUUCACUUCCCAUUCAAAGAUCAUAAUGCUCUUUCAGCUAUUGGCGUUUCGUUCAUUCUUGACCAUAAUUCAUUUGUUCUGAACUUUUCAACUACUGUUUGGUCAAGUUCAACUGCAGUAACAACUUGUUAUAUGUAUUGUUGACUAGAAUACAGUGGCUAGCAUAUAUCACAAAGUUGAUCAAAGUUUCUUAUUAUGUAGCCAAUUCAAGUAAUGGGUUACUAUUUCAACUGAGUUCUUGUUUAGUUCAAGUUUUCUGUUUUGC